UCGGCUCAUAUGUCCACGGCCAGUGCUUCAGCUCAGAGCAGGUGCCGUCCCUCCGUGACAUCAUCGUUUGUUGUUCUUUUAUAAAGAGCUCGGCAGCCGCCACUUUUACCAUGAGCGCCGCAGCGGCACACAGGCUCUCACCAACGCCGAGCAGACUCUACCACAGCCGGGGCGAGACAUUUUUGUGAGCGUAGUGCAGUUGGCCGCGUGCGGCCCAUUUUAGUCGUUUUAUUUUUUUUUAUUCUUCGCCGUUUCGCCACAUUGAAUGUGACUCACUUGGAAGUAGCAGCUUCCCCCGCCUCACCCUGACCCUGAGCUUUAUUGCAGCAGAGGAACCAACACCGACGAGCCAACAUGUUUGAGGCGAGAGGAAUCCCUUUUGUGCUGCUCGACGUAGUCUGCCUCGUUCUCGUUGGACUCCCGUUUGCGAUUCUCAAUUUGAGGCACAAGCCUUUUCGCCGGGGCUUUUACUGUAAUGAUGAUACUAUCAAGUACCCGUUUAAAGAGGACACCAUUUCCUAUCAGUUAUUAGGAGCCGUUAUGAUUCCCGUCACAAUACUCAUUAUGAUCAUUGGCGAGUGCCUUCUGGUUUACCUGAACCGCCUCCACUCAAAGUCCUGCUUCGGCAGCUAUGUUGCCCGCGUUUACAAAGCCGUCGGCACUUUCCUCUUUGGUGCCGCCAUGAGUCAGUCUCUGACAGACAUCGCCAAAUAUUCCAUCGGACGGCUGAGGCCUCACUUCCUGGAUGUGUGCAAACCUGACUGGACACGGAUCAACUGCUCCCUGGGGGUUUAUAUUGAAAACUUCACCUGCACCGGAGACGCCAAAAUGGUCAACGAGGGGAGGUUGUCCUUCUACUCGGGACACUCCUCCUUCUCCAUGUACUGCAUGCUGUUUCUGGCUCUUUAUCUGCAGGCUCGGCUCCAGGUUCAGUGGGCGCGGCUGCUCAGACCAACCCUGCAAUUCUUCCUCAUCGCUGCUUCCGUGUACACGGGACUCUCGAGGGUGUCCGAUUACAAACACCACUGGAGCGACGUGCUGACCGGACUCCUGCAGGGGGCGCUGAUGGCUCUGCUGGUGGUCUUCUUCGUCUCAGACUUCUUCAAAGUGCGUCCAGACUCCCGUAAGGAGGCGGAGAUCCCUCACAGCACUCUGCAGGAAACGCCCACCAGCGGAAACCACUUUGAGAGUCCCAACUAAGCUAAAGGAGCAGCGGAGAGCUCUGCUAUGGAGUCCAAGCUCUCUAGCCUGUCAUCUCGCCCUGUCACCCAAAACUCUGCAUGGACUUUCCAUUCCACCCAUCAGACUCCAACAUAAGCUACAGUGAAGGAACUCCAGAAACCAUAAAUGGCCUGCUAAGAUUUCUGCUGAUCUGCCCUCUCCUCCACCACUCUCCCACAGAGAGAACAGCACUGAAGCGACUGACACUCACUGAAGUUAGAGGAAGAGGAGAACCAUUGCAUGAUCUGCAGAGGCAGAGUGGGCUUGGCUUUCUUGCAUCCGCACACUAAAGGGUUUGACCACUACUGGCUGAGAGGACAGUUAGAAACCUGUGAAUGUAACCCUGUUUCCCCCUUAAAGGAGUCAGUGCGCUCAAGGAUCUGAUCUGGGGUCAGCUUGGAGCCUCCAGAAGAGUCUAGAAACGCUCGCUCCUCUGACCUCCUCACAAAGAGGGCUAAAGGCAGGAACGUUCUCGCUGGAGGUUAAAAGCUGAUCCCAGAUCAUAGGGCGGGACAUGCACAUCUGGAAGCACCGUCUCCAGGGCCACUGCUGUUCUACCUCCAGCUGUUUUACCUGCUGAUGUGGUCAGACAGCUGUAGAGCAGAAUGUCGGUUAGAGUCUCAUAAUGCCUUUUGCUGGACUGCUGUGGCUGCUAUUAAAGCUCCUUGUGUAUCAAAUGCAGACAGACAUGCUUUUGUAUCAUCUGUAUGCAAAACAUCAUACAGACAUUUAUUGAAAAAAACAUGUUACAAAUGUCUAAACUAAGGAAAAAUAAAGCCAUAUUACUUAUUAUUGUGAA